UAGUAUAAAGAAUUGAAUUGAACUGAUUCGACAAGCCAAAUAUUUUAUUGAAUUUCACACUUUUAUAAAUAACAAUAAACACAUUAAAAUGCCUAAAGUAGUUUCAAGAAGUAUAGUGUGUUCUGAUACAAAAGAUCAAGAAGAAUACAACGAAACAAAACCUCUUCAUAUUUAUUACUGCAUUUGUGGCCAAAUGUCCCUUAUAUUGGACUGCACAAUAGACAGGUUACCUUUAAGACCAACAGACAGCGCGAGAGUUAUCGAUGGAUCCAAGCAUGCACACAAAAUCACAUCAGAUCCUGACGAAACAGUGUAUUUAAAACGCGAAAAAGGCAUUGAAAGACAGUACAGAUCGAAGUGUAGGAAAUGCGGUAUACCUCUAUUUUAUAAGCAUGACCAAACUAGCAACGUUGUUUUUAUCAUGAAUGGCGCCUUAGUACAAUCAGCUGAGGGAUCUCUGACUGACAUUUCCAAACAAGUUGCAUUUUCACAGCCUAAGAAAAUUAUGGUUACUAAACAUACGAAAAAUAUGGGUAAGUUUAGUUCGGUCACUGUCUCCACUAUCGAUGAGGAGGAAGAUGAGAUAGAGGCUAGAGAAGUGGCAGACAGCUAUGCGAAUAAUGCAAGGAUUAUUGAGAAACAGUUGGAAAGGAAGGGAAUGAACAAACGACAAGCAGAAACACCAUCACAGAAUGUUGCUGAGAAAAGAGUAAGAGGUACUUUAAUAGAUAAGUAAAUGUAACGAGUUUUAAUUUAAUAAACAAUUACGUUCGUAUG